CUGAUCUGAUACCUACCUAGAUACUGAGGUCUCGUCCAGCUCGGCCUAGUUAUCGCGGCUUAUCUCCGGUCAUUAUCAAAGGCCCGAAUUCGGUACCCCUCAUCGUUCCCCUCCCCAUCGACUAUAUAAAAGAUAAUAGCCAGAAGGGAGAGACUUUAAUCCUGGUUCGACUGCAUAUACCUCCCUGAUUUUCCCAAUAUUAUCCUUUCAGUUACCACCCCUCACAAACAACUCUAACAUGGGCAAGAAGCGCGUUCUAGUCAGUUAUGGAGUCGAUAUCGAUGCCGUAGCUGGUUGGCUGGGAUCAUAUGGCGGAGAGGACAGCUCUAGCGAUAUAAGUCGAGGUCUCUGGGCCGGUCACAUCGGCACGACCCGCCUCCUCAAACUCUUCGAGAAAUACGGCAUCAAAGCCACCUGGUUCAUCCCAGGACACAGUCUCGAGACUUUCCCCGAGGAGUGUGCCAUGGUCCGUGAUGCCGGCCACGAGAUCGGACUUCACGGCUACACGCACGAAAACCCCUCCGACAUGACCAUCGAGCAGCAACAGGAUAUCUUAGACAAGACCUACCACAUGCUGUACGAUUUCUGUGGCAAGCCGCCGCGGGGUAUUGUUGCGCCGUGGUGGGAGACCAGCAAAGAGAUGGCAGAUUUGCUGCUCUCGUACGGUAUUGAAUACGAUCAUUCCAUGUCGCAUCACGAUUGUCAGAUGUAUUGGUUGCGGACGGGAGAUACGUGGACGAAGAUCGAUUAUACCCAGAAGGCGGAAACGUGGAUGAAACCGUUGGUGAGGGGUCAGGAUACCGGGCUGGUGGAGAUCCCGGGGAACUGGUAUAUUGAUGAUUUGCCGCCGAUGAUGUUUAUCAAGUCGGCGCCGAAUAGUCAUGGUUGGGUAAAUCCAAGGGACGUGGAGGAUAUUUGGAAGGAUCAUUUUGAUUACUUCUAUCGUGAGUACGAUGAGUUCGUCUUUCCGAUGACUAUCCAUCCUGACGUGUCGGGUCGUCCACACGUCCUUCUUAUGCAUGAGAGAAUCAUCGAACACAUCAACAAGCACGACGGUGUGGAGUGGGUGACAUUUGAGCAGAUGUGCGACGAGUUCAAGAGCAAGAACAAGCCGCCGGAGGGCGCAAGGAUGCCUGCUCCUCCUAUGCCGCCAAAGAAGUGAAAUCCAGCCUUACGAGCCGGGUCGAUUGUGUUCAAUAGUGAAUGGAUUGCGUACACACCAGGAGGUCCGCGGUCCAGUGUAUGAGAUAGGAGUCUAAU